ACAGCGUAGAGAGGGAGGGAAGAAAACAAACUCCAGGAGACCAAAGCCGGCCUGGAGUGCGGCCUGGGCAGUCGAUUCUCGGGGACCGAGGCCACGUUGCAGGCGGCUCACGGCCAGCAGCUCCGAGACCCUGCCCGGCCUUCCCCACAGAGGCCCAGCGCAGGUGGUGCCUGGACAUGGACAGGAGAGGGAGGCUGGGCCUGGGGUGCCGAGGGGCCCACAGCACUUGGGGAGCACGGACCAAGUCAGGCUCCAGUAUAUAAAUCAGGCAAAUUCCCCAUUUGAGCAUGAACCUCUGAAAACUGCCGGCAUCUAAGGUCUCCUCCAAGGCCCUCUGGAGUCCAGCCCAUAAUGAAGGUCUUGGCGGCAGGAGUCGUGCCCCUGCUGCUGGUUCUGCACUGGAAACACGGGGCAGGGAGCCCCCUUCCCAUCACUCCUGACAACGCGACCUGUGCCACACGCCACCCAUGUCAGAGCAACGUCAUGGACCAGAUCAGGAACCAACUGGUGCAGCUCAACAGCAGUGCCAAUGCCCUCUUCGUUCUCUAUUACACAGCCCAGGGGGAGCCGUUCCCCAGCAACCUGGACAAGCUGUGCCGCCCCGAUGUGACAGACUUCCCGCCCUUCCACGCCAAUGGCACAGAGAAGGCCCGGCUGGUGGAGCUGUACCGCAUCGUCGCGUACCUUGGUGCCUCCCUGGGCAACAUCACACGGGACCAGAAGGUCCUCAACCCCAACGCCCGCAGCCUCCAUUGCAAGCUGAACUCCACCUCAGACACCAUGCGGGGCCUCCUGAGCAACGUGCUCUGCCACCUGUGCAGCAAGUACCACGUGGCCAACGUGGACGUGGCCUACGGCCCUGACACCUCGAACAAGGACGCCUUCCAGAAGAAGAAGCUGGGCUGUCAGCUCCUGGGGAAGUAUAAGCAGGUCAUCAAGGUGGUGGCCCAGGCCUUCUAGACGGAGGUCUUGAAGCAUGCAGUGACCUGAGAUCUUAGACUCAGGUGGCUCUCAAACUGCGGCCGGGGCCCAGAGCAUCGCCAAACCCCAGCGGGGGCUGCUGGCAGACCUCGAGGGGUUCCUGGCCAGUCCACUCCCCUUUGGGGUGGGCUGCCAUGAUUCUGAGCAGAGUCAAAUCUCCCAUAGGCAGGGGCUCUAUACAGCGCCUAGAAGAAGGCGCCCCUUCCUCUGGGAGACUGCAGCCUGGCACCAGGCUGUCAGGCUGUCGAGGGGAGUGUGGGCUGGACUUCUGCCCCCACUUGUCCCCUCGGCCAGGGUCUUUGUGAGCAAACCGCACAUGUUGUCUCCGGCGACCCUGACCACAGGGCAAGACAGCAGGGGUUGGGGGAAAUUUCCCCCUGUAGAAUGACCACCAUCAGUGCCUUUGCUGCCCCUCAGGUAGACUUCGGAAGGUUUGGUUGGGAUUCAGGCAGGCCAGAGGGGCUGGGAUGCCACAGGACUCCUUAGCCCCUACCAGUAUGGUGAUUGCAAGUUCGAGAAGGGAGCUCUGGUUUGAGAUGCUGCCUUCUUUUGAGCAUGACUGGAGAGCUCAGGCCUAGGAACUGUCAGGUGGAAGGUUCCAGAAGGAGGUCACUGGCAUCCAGGCUCUUGGGGAGGGAAAGAGGCCACUUUCAGGCCUGAGAAGGAAAGCACUGGAAGGAAGAAAGGCCUUGAAAGCCUUGGCAGGCUCUCCUCCCUCUUCCCUGCAGUCUUUCCUGCAGCCUGGGAUGGCCAGGGUCUGGUGCCCAGACCUGGAAGGGGGGUUUGUGGAGGUGGGCAGGUUGCAAAGUCAGACGAGGAGGUUCUGAGAGCACCCAGAGUUUUCCUUCUGGGCAAGAGUCUGGAAGGGAGGGGACAGACAAGGUAGAUCAGAGUGGAAGCUCACAUCUGAGGCCCACGGAGGCCCUGUGAGGUCACACAAAGGUACUUGAGGGGGACCAGAGGCCAUCUCUGGUCCCUAGAGUGAGAGGACAGCAGAACUUGAGGUCAGGGUCUCAGACAAGCCUGAGAUCCAAGAGUGCUGUGUGUCUGACCCAGCAUGAAUGUCUAUUUAUUAUGAUGUCCUAUUUAUAUUAACUUAUUGGUGCUGUAAAUGGCAAAGUUAACUCCCCUUUCCCUGAUCCCUACCCAACAGAAAUAAUAUGAUGGCUCUCUCCGUUGGAGCCAGGGCCAGGCCUUAGCAGGGCCUGGUCUGGAAGUCAAAGAUGUUACAACUGGGAUAAACCUUACAGGUGAAGCUCAGAGAAGGGUCAGGAUCUGAGAGAGCUGGUCAGCCUGGAUGGGGGCAGGGGACUCCGCUCCAUCCCCCCACCCCAAAUGUGUCUCUGUUUUGCGGGUAUGGGAUCCUGGCUGCAGGGCAUGCCAGGCAGGUUUGUGGAGUGGCCAGGGCCUUUUUUCCCAGGGCCGCCAUGUUGCUUGGCUCCAGGGGGCUCAUUCCACACUGUGUUCUCUGGCCCCCCUGGAAUUGAGCUGCAAGGGGCAACAUUCAUGGUGGAAAUGGUGCCCCAGGACAGGGGGCAAGGCAGUCCUGGUGGCCCAGCCUGCCUGUCUCCUUGUCUCCACGCUGUGUCUAGACUAGCAGCGGAGGGGCCCUGAAACAGUCCUGCCCCAGCACCCAGCGUGCUCACACACAGGAGGAAGCUCCUUCUCUGGUGGCCCGAGAACACCCACAGAGGGGCCUGGCUGGCCCUCAGGAAGCUGGGGCAGUGCAGGGAGGAGCCCCCUGCUCUGGAGGGAGGACCACGAGGCCCUGGGACACAGACCAGGAAGCUGUGGUCCCUCCUGCCCCACCUCCCCCCACGCCCCCACCCAUGUCUGGGCUCCCAGGCAGGGAAUCCGAUCCUUUCCUUUGUGCCGGGGCCAGGCUAGUGGAGAAACGCCCUCCAGUCUGGGAGCAGGGGAGGAGGGCGCAGGGCUGGGGCAGCUGCUAAGAGCAGCGUUCUGGCUUCUUCUCAAAUCCUGUGCAGGCGGCAGUCCGAGCAGUUCAGCCAACGCGAUUAUGGUACAUUGCUGUCACUUCGCACCUC